AGCGCACCGCAUUUUGACCCGGAGAAGUUUGCUUGACUGCCAUUUUGGGCUGAAGGCUGCCUGGUCCACCGUCAACCACGUGAGAGAGGAAAGACGAGAGCACGAAAACGAAGCAAUCGAGCGGAGAGAAGGGGGGAGAGAUCUGGCGACAUAUUCAACUCGUUCUUUAUCUACAUGUGCUGAGGUCGAGGGGGGAAUUUAAAUUGCAACCACAACAAUGCCGACAAUUACCCUACCACCUAAGGAGAAUGCUCUCUUCAAGAGGAUUUUGCGAUGUUACGAACACAAGCAGUACAGAAACGGGCUCAAGUUCUGCAAACAGAUCCUGUCCAACCCCAAGUUCGCCGAGCAUGGAGAGACCCUGGCGAUGAAGGGUUUAACCAUGAACUGUCUUGGGAAGAAGGAGGAGGCUUACGAACUGGUCAGACGAGGCCUCCGCAAUGACCUCAAAAGCCACGUCUGCUGGCACGUGUACGGGCUGCUGCAAAGGUCGGACAAGAAGUAUGACGAGGCCAUCAAGUGCUACCGCAACGCUCUGAAGUGGGACAAGGACAACCUGCAGAUCCUCCGGGACCUGUCCCUCCUGCAGAUCCAGAUGAGGGACCUGGAGGGAUACCGGGAGACGAGGUACCAGCUACUGCAGCUGCGGCCGGCCCAGCGGGCCUCGUGGAUCGGCUAUGCCAUCGCCUACCACCUUUUGGAGGAUUACGAGAUGGCCGCCAAGAUCAUUGAGGAAUUCAGGAAAACACAACAGACGUCUCCCGACAAGGUGGACUACGAGUACAGCGAGCUGCUGCUGUACCAGAACCAGGUGCUGCGGGAAGCUGGCCUCCACAAGGAGGCCCUGGAGCACCUGACCACCUUCGAGAAGCAGAUCUGCGACAAGCUGGCUGUCGAGGAGACGCGAGGAGAGCUGAUGCUGAACCUGGAUCGUCUGGAGGAGGCCACGCAGGUGUACCGCAGUCUGCUGGAGAGGAACCCCGAGAACUGGUCCUACUACCAUGGGCUGGAGAAGGCCCUGAAGCCUGGCAGCGUGGAGGAGAGACAGAAAAUCUUUGAAGAUGCGUGGGUGAAGUACCCCAAAGGACUGGUGCCCAGGAGACUGCCCCUCAACUUCCUGUCUGGUGAGAAGUUCAGAGAGUGUCUUGACCGCUACCUGAGGAUGAACUUCAGUAAAGGCUGCCCGCCUGUCUUCACCACCCUCAAGUCUCUCUACCAUGACAAGGAGAAGGUUUCAAUCAUUGAAGAAUUAGUUGUGGGCUUUGAAACGUCAUUAAACAGCUGCAGAAUGUUUAACCAGAACGAUGACGGAAAGGAGGAGCCUCCCACGACGUUGCUUUGGGUGCAGUACUUCCUGGCGCAACACUACGACAUGAUUGGCCAGCAGACCCUGGCGCUGGAAUAUAUCAACACAGCAAUCGAGAGCACGCCUACACUCAUAGAACUGUUCCUGAUCAAAGCUAAGAUAUACAAGCACGCGGGUAACAUAAAGGAGGCGGCCCAGUGGAUGGACGAGGCCCAGGCUCUGGACACGGCCGACCGCUUCAUCAACUCCAAGUGUGCCAAGUACAUGCUGAAGGCUGGCCUGGUCAAGGAGGCUGAGGAGAUGUGCUCCAAGUUCACUCGGGAGGGUGCGUCGGCGGUGGAGAACCUGAACGAGAUGCAGUGCAUGUGGUUCCAGACAGAGUGUGCUCUGGCCUACAAGUCCAUGAACAAGUACGGGGAGGCCCUGAAGAAGUGCCACGAGAUCGAGAGGCAUUUCGUGGAGAUCACGGAUGACCAGUUUGACUUCCACACGUACUGCAUGAGGAAGAUGACCCUGCGCUCCUACGUGGACCUGCUCCAGCUGGAGGACGUGCUGCGCAUGCACCCCUUCUACUACAAGGCGGCGCGUACCGCCAUCGAAAUCUACCUCUGUCUCCACGACAACCCGCUGGCUGACGACAACAAGGAGCUGCAGGCUGACACGGCCAACCUUUCUGACAAGGAGCUGAAGAAGCUGAGGAACAAGCAGAGGCGGGCGCAGAAGAAGGCGCAGCUGGAGGAGGAGAAGAAGAACGCCGAGAAGGAGAAGCAGCUGAAGAACCAGAAGAAGAAGAAGGAGGACGAUGACGAGGAGAUCGGCGGGCCCAAGGAGGAGCUCGUACCCGACAAGCUGGCCAAGGUAGAGAACCCACUGGAGGAAGCGGUCAAGUUCAUGACGCCUCUCAAGCACCUGGUUAAAGACAAGAUAGACACUCACCUGCUGGCCUUCGAGAUCUACUUCAGGAAAGACAAAUACUUGCUGAUGCUGCAAUCUGUGAAGAGAGCAGUGGCCAUAGACCCAGACCACCCCUGGCUGCACCAGUGUCUAGUGCGCUUCUUCAAAGGAGUCUCUGAGAGGAAGGAUCUGGCCACGGCUGUGAGGACCGUGCUCAAGCAAGAGAUCACGCGCUUGUUCGGAGACAGCAACGCCAACAGCUUCAACGAAACCUUCCUCAGCAAGCACUACGACUCCAUACCACACCGAGUGGCAGCGGCUAAGAUGAUGGUUUACCUGGACUCCUCGACAGCGAGCAAGGCUGUGGAGCUAGCCACUGCACUAGACGAGUCUCUCAACAACAGAUCCAUUCAGAUUUGCAGUGAAGCCCUGGAGGGCCUUCGGAAUGGCACGUUAGGAGAUGCAAAGGAGAAGGCGGAGUUGUACCGCACGGACUGUCACAAGCUUUACCCCUACACGUUAGCCUUCAUGCCCCCUGGAUACGAGAACACCAAGAUUGCCAAUGGCGAUGUCUCCCCAGAGACUGAGGAACUGGCCAAUGACAUGUGAGCAGAGGCGGGCUAACGGGGCGGAGGAGAAAUGGAACGGAGACUUGGGGUACGCCGAACGCCAUUUUCAAGCCACUUCUGGAGAGACAGAGUGGGUUGGGUUGUUCCAUGUGGAAGCUUGGCUUCCCUCUCGGACGUGAAAAACUGGCCUGUGUGUGUGACAUUAGUUUUUUUGAGAGGAGAGAGAAUAAAAAUGGCCAUUUUACUUUUUUAA